AUGGGGGUCCCGUCGAUGAAUGUCAUGGAAGUCGAUGGAGCUCCUCGGUCGGUGGCGGGCAACAUUGCGGAGGUUGAGGACGACCGAAGAGGAGAGAUGGUAGUGGAACUGCCGCUUGAAGGGUCAACGCGGGCUGCGGAUUUCAUGGAGGCAGAUAUGAUUGUGCCGACGACUGAAGAGAGGCAGGGGAGGGGGUGGAUCUGUCGCAUGGAUGGCUGA